UUUUUCCUCUCGAAAAAAUAACCACGUAGUGUCAUGGUCCACACCCUGCCGAUUCGCGAUUCAUACAAUGCUCCACGCAUAUCGGACACUGCGACCUCUCUGCUUUCCAGUCUUGUCGUGCCAUCCCGGCGUUGGAGCCUAACGUGCUCAGCAUGCCGCCGGCCGUGCGAACGAGGCUCGCCACCACCAUCUCCCUCCCCUCCGACUGCGUGCCGCUGCCGGCUCCGGGCCGCCGCGUGCCGCUCUCCUCCUUCGACGCGCACUGGGCGGCGCUCCCGCCCGUCUGCCACGUCUUCCUCUUCCCCGCACCGUCGCCACCUCGUCCUUCCCAGGACAUAGCGCGCGCGCUCAGGUCCUCGCUGGCGGCGGUCCUCCAGGCGUUCCACCCCCUUGCCGGCGAGGUCGCCUACUCGCCGGACUCGCGCACCGUGUCCAUCGUCCUCGGCGACGAUGCCCGCGUCGCGUUCGUCGAGGCCGAGACGGAUCUCGCGUUCGCGAGGCUCGUCGUGGAGGGUGCCGAGUACGAGCAGGACGUUGACGCACUCCGGCAGCUAGUGCCGGACAUCCGCCGGGACGAGCUACCAGCGCCGGUGAUGGCAGUGCAGGUGACGGAGUUCGUCGGCGGCGACGGGUGCGUGGCGGUGGGGCUGGCGGUGCAUCACGCUGCGGUGGACGGGCGUGGGUUGUGGCGGUUCAUAGAGAUGUGGGCUGCGGCGGCGGCGGCAGCAGCAGCGGGGGUUCACCAGGGCCGUGUUACCGGGAAUCCGGCACCGCCGCUUCAGGACCGCAGCCUGGUGAGCUUCGACGGCGACGAGGAGGUGGCCGGCGUGUUCUUGCGGCAGGUUACGCCGGACUUGCCCAGAGUUAGCCAUUUGCCCAAGGUGAGUUGCUGAAACUGCUUCGAUUUUCUGCAGUUCUAUAAAUUAAACAUACAUUAGCUCUAUUAUGCAUCAAUGAAAUAAGUAAAAAGAUAAAGUAUAUUCGUCGGUGAGUUGUGAUCUGUAGCUGCUUCCAAUCAAUGAGUUGUCUGUAGCUGCAUCCAAUCAAUGUCUUUCUUUCCUUUAAUGUUCAAUCUCAUACUGUAUUAAUUAGCAUUCAGUAUAUUCCCUCUUGGCUCCGAUGACUCUCUGUAUCAAAGGUAGGGGUGGGACUUCGGACAGAUUGAGGUCCCAUUUGAUUACAUUUGCUUAUUUUUAGCACCCGUCACAUGAAAUAUUUAGAUACUAAUUAGGAGUACUAAACGUAGACUAUUUACAAAACCUAUUACAUAAGUGGAGGCUAAAUAGCG